AUGCGACUCGCGAUAGGCCUCCUUUUCCUAAGCCUGGUAGUGAACGCCCACAGUGUGUCUGUCUCUGGAUUCGACGAUAUUGAACCAUCAGCCAACCUGUCCUGGACACCAUGCUUCGACACCCUUAACUGCUCUAGACUACAGGUUCCUCUGGAUUAUGCAAACAGGGACCUUGGAACGACGUCGAUUGCCUUUAUAAAGCUGGCUGGAGAAAAUGCCACCGUCAACUCUCCCAGCAUUGUGAUCCUCCCUGGCGGCCCCGGUGGCUCUGGCGUCGAUCUACUCCUCUCAUACCAGAAUUUAAUUGGGGGGAUGUUCGGAGAGCAGUACAACUUCGUCUCAUUUGACCCCCGCGGUGUGAACAACAGUGGCUUGCAUAUCAACUGCUUCAACGAUGCAGAAGCAAGGUCGACUUUCUAUCGACUGCACAGAACAGGCGCAACUAAUAUCUCAACGUCGCUGGAGGAACAGUACUAUUCAAGCUCCAUAUAUGGCGAAUGGUGUAAUAAUGCCGUCGAGACCAACUCACCCGAUUCAUACUAUGUCACUACCCCAGCGGUUGCCAAUGACCUGCUGACAUUCACCGAGGCUGAAGCUGAGCUGGCUGGUCAGUCACCAGAAACCGCAAGGUUGUGGUGCUAUGGUAUUAGUUACGGCACUGUCACCGGCAGCACAUUCGCAUCCCUGUUCCCUGACCGCGUCGGGAGAAUGGUCCUUGAUGGUGUUUUGAACGCAGAGCAAUACUACACCAACUACUGGACGGACAAUGUUGAUCAAAUGGACGAGGCUAUGGAAACAUUCUCGACCUUCUGCCACUUUGCUGGACCUGACAAGUGCUCAUUCUGGGGCCCUACGCCGGAUAAUAUCACAGCAAGAAUGGAUGACAUCGUCCACCAGCUUCAGAACCAUCCAGUCGCAUUAAGCGGCCUUGGUUCAGGCCUGCCGACAAUGGUCACUUAUUCAGACCUGAAGACUCUUUUUAUCAACACGCUAUACAACCCGCAGGCAAUGUUUCCAGGAAUGGCCGAUAUCCUGCACCAUGCCGAGCGUGGGAAUGUGUCUGCCCUUGCGAACAUGUAUGACCAGUCGAACUCUAUAAGCGAUGCCCGUCUCGCCAUUACGUGCACUGAUUCGUAUCGACGGAACAAACUAACUACCCUGGACGAGUUUAAGUCAUGGGCAGAGUACUUGGUCUCCAAAAGCAAGUAUAUCGGUGAUAUCUACCCCAGCUUACUGGAGGGUAUCUUAUGCCGGUCAUUCAACCCGCAGUUACCUGAUAGCAUGGUAAUUAAAGACGACAUAAGUGCACACAAGCAUACCUCCUUCCCGAUUCUCCUUACGAGUAACACCAUCGACCCUAUCACGCCAUUACUAUCGGCGCGCAAGAUAACCUCUCAGCUUUCCGGAUCGGUGCUUUUAUUGCAAGAAGCUGUUGGUCAUACGGUUAUCAACCAGGGGGCGUCAGACUGUUACUUUGCACAUAUCCAGGGGUAUUUUGAAGGAAUAAUUCCCUCGCCCAACACUACAUGCCCUCGCCAGUAUAUUCCUUUCAUAGAUACCUCCCCAUUUAUGCCUGCGGCCCGGGUGUGA